AAGGUGACACUGAGUUAAAAGGCUAACUAAUAAUUUAGGAAUUAUUUAUCCUUCUCUUCUUUGGCCUACCUUUGACAUCUCUCUAAGAACCAUGGGUUAGAAUUUUGAAAUUACAUACGAGUGAAUUUUUAUUGAUUAAGGGUGAACAAGUGAUUUAUCUAUGACUAUUGAAUUAAGUAUUAGAAACUUCAUGCUACAAUGCCAAAAACUAAAUACUGGCCAAGAAUUUGGAAAUACAGUUGGCCCUGGAACAGCAUGGGUUUGAACUCUGCCAGUCUGCUUAUUCACGGAAUAAACAUGAAUUGAAAAUACUGGAUUCGUGGGUCCCACAUAUACUGAUAGCCAACUUUUCAUUUACAUGGAUUCUGCAGAGCCAACUUUGGGACUUGAGUAUGUGAAGAUUUUGGUAUAUCAAGGGGUUCCUGAAACCAGUCACCGCUUAUAACAAGGGGCAACAGUACUUCUAAGUAUUUAUUAGUAUUUUAAAGCACUGUUUGCUCCUUUUUUUCUGGUUAUCUAAAACAUAGCAUGGAAGCUAUACCUAACUUAGUCUGAAGGCAAGAUAUAUGUUUGUCUUAAGAGUUAACAUUCUGUUCACACUUACUAUUGUGGGGAAUUUUGAUGAAUUUAUCAUACCUUAAACCAUCUUUUAUUAAAAACUAGAGGGGGGCGCAGAACAAGAUGUCCGAAUAUACCCUCCAGUGAUUGUCCCACUCCCCACAGGAGCACCAAAUUAUAAACUAGCAAUGCAAGAAAGCACCUUCGUAAGAACCGAAAAAUUAGUCUACCAUGGUGGUGCCUCUGUGAACAUGUCGGCAAGAGUUGUAGCAUUCCUGGGCUUAGGGCGCCCCCUAGUGCUAAUAUAGCUGCAGUGACCUCAGGCUUCGAUCGUAACACUUAUGUCUUUUUUGAAUAUGUGGAAAGCUUUCUCAAGAAGGAUGGGCACAAAGAAGCCCAAAGGGUGAAGACUGAAAUAAAUAUCUAACUUGUAAAUACCGAGACAUCAGUGAAUGUCUACAAGCAUCAAGAACAUCCAGAAAAAUGUGACCUCACCAAGCAAACUAAAUAAGGUACCAGUUACCAAUCCUGGAGUGAUGUAGAUAUGUGACCUUUCAGACAGAGAAUUCAAAAUAGCUGUCUUGAGGAAGCUCAAGAACUGCAAGGUAACAUGGAGAGUGAAUCAGAAUUGUAUCAUGAGAAAUUAACAAAGAGAUUGAAAUAAUUCAAAACCAUCAAGCCAAAAUUCUGGAACUGAAAAAUUCAGUUGACAAACUGAAAUAUACAUCAAAGCCUCUCAACAGCAAAGUGGAUCAAGUAGAAGAAUUAGUGAGCUUGAAGACCGGCUAUGUGAAAAUACAUAGCCAGAGGAGAAAGAGAGGAAAAGAAUGGAACACACCUAAGGACUAAAGAGACCUGACAGAGGAGUCUGAACAAACUUCUCAGAAUGUAAUCUGAUUGAAGGGGAAGAUCAUGUAGAAGUAAAUGGGGAAGUUUUUCAAAAGCCAUUUGUAGAAAAGCCAGUCAGUGCAGAAGAUCACAAUGUUUACAUUUAUUACCCAACUUCUGCUGGUGGUGGAAGUCAAAGACUCUUUAGAAAGAUUGGCAGUAGAAGUAGUGUUUAUUCUCCAGAAAGCAAUGUACGAAAAACAGGCUCAUAUAUAUAUGAAGAGUUUAUGCCCACAGAUGGUACUGAUGUUAAGGUUUAUACAGUGGGUCCAGAUUAUGCCCAUGCUGAAGCUCGAAAAUCUCCAGCACUUGAUGGCAAGGUGGAACGAGACAGUGAAGGAAAAGAAGUAAGAUAUCCUGUUAUUCUCAAUGCACGAGAGAAAUUAAUUGCUUGGAAAGUAUGCCUUGCUUUUAAGCAAACAGUUUGUGGCUUUGAUUUGUUACGGGCCAAUGGACAGUCCUAUGUCUGUGAUGUCAAUGGCUUCAGUUUUGUGAAAAAUUCCAUGAAGUAUUAUGAUGACUGUGCAAAAAUACUUGGAAAUAUUGUAAUGCGAGAACUGGCUCCACAAUUUCAUAUUCCGUGGUCAAUACCCUUAGAAGCUGAAGAUAUCCCAAUUGUACCAACUACAUCUGGAACUAUGAUGGAACUUAGAUGUGUCAUAGCUGUUAUACGUCAUGGGGAUCGAACACCAAAACAAAAAAUGAAAAUGGAAGUGAGGCAUCAAAAAUUUUUUGAUCUUUUUGAAAAAUGUGAUGGAUAUAAAUCAGGGAAAUUAAAACUCAAAAAACCAAAACAGUUACAGGAAGUGCUAGAUAUUGCACGACAGCUUCUUAUGGAGCUGGGACAAAAUAAUGAUUCUGAAAUUGAAGAAAACAAGCCAAAACUUGAACAACUUAAGACUGUAUUAGAGAUGUAUGGUCAUUUUUCUGGAAUAAAUCGUAAGGUUCAGUUGACCUAUCUCCCUCAUGGUUGUCCUAAAACAUCUAGUGAAGAGGAGGACAGCCGAAGAGAAGAACCAUCUUUACUUCUGGUUCUAAAAUGGGGAGGUGAAUUAACUCCUGCAGGCAGGGUCCAGGCUGAAGAACUUGGAAGAGCUUUCAGGUGUAUGUAUCCUGGAGGUCAAGGAGAUUAUGCAGGAUUUCCUGGUUGUGGUUUACUUAGAUUACAUAGCACCUACAGACAUGACCUCAAAAUAUAUGCCUCUGAUGAAGGACGAGUCCAGAUGACUGCAGCUGCUUUUGCAAAGGGGCUUUUAGCUUUGGAAGGAGAGCUUACGCCCAUUCUUGUUCAAAUGGUGAAAAGUGCAAAUAUGAACGGUCUUUUGGAUAGUGAUAGUGACUCUUUGAGCAGUUGUCAGCAACGUGUGAAGGCAAGGCUUCAUGAAAUACUUCAGAAAGACAGAGAUUUUACUGCUGAAGAUUAUGAAAAGCUUACUCCAUCUGGAAGCAUUUCUCUUAUCAAAUCAAUGCAUUUAAUUAAAAAUCCUGUGAAGACCUGUGAUAAAGUUUAUUCCUUAAUUCAGAGUUUGACUUCUCAAAUCAGACAUCGAAUGGAAGAUCCCAAAUCAUCAGAUAUUCAGCUUUACCAUAGUGAAACAUUGGAGCUUAUGCUACGUAGAUGGUCCAAGUUAGAGAAAGACUUUAAAACAAAGAAUGGAAGAUACGAUAUUAGUAAAAUCCCUGACAUAUAUGACUGUAUAAAAUAUGAUGUCCAGCAUAAUGGUUCCUUGAAAUUAGAAAACACAAUGGAAUUAUAUAGGCUUUCGAAGGCAUUAGCAGAUAUUGUUAUCCCUCAGGAAUAUGGUAUAACUAAAGCUGAAAAACUGGAGAUUGCCAAAGGCUACUGUACUCCUCUGGUUAGAAAAAUUCGCUCAGACCUUCAGAGGACACAAGAUGAUGACACUGUAAAUAAACUUCAUCCUGUGUAUUCUAGAGGUGUUCUUUCUCCUGAACGUCAUGUUCGUACUAGAUUAUAUUUUACUAGUGAAAGUCAUGUACAUUCUUUGCUGUCUAUUCUUCGCUAUGGUGCCUUAUGCAAUACCAAUGAUUCUAAGAAUGAAGAUGGAGGAAUGGUGAAGGAGAUGGAAUCAAAGGAUGAACAGUGGAAAAGAGCUAUGGAUUAUUUAAAUGUUGUCAAUGAGCUCAACUACAUGACUCAGAUUGUUAUCAUGCUUUAUGAGGAUCCUAAUAAGGAUCUUUCCUCAGAGGAACGCUUUCAUGUUGAAUUACACUUUAGUCCAGGAGCCAAAGGUUGUGAAGAAGACAAAAAUUUACCAUCUGGCUACGGAUAUAGACCAGCUUCCAGAGAGAAUGAAGGCAGGAGACCUUUUAAAACUGAUAAUGAUGAUGAACCACAUACUUCUAAAAGAGAUGAGGUUGAUCGAGCUGUGAUAUUGUUUAAACCAAUGGUAUCAGAGCCAAUUCAUAUACACAGGAAGUCUCCACUUCCAAGAUCUAGGAAGAUGGCUACAAAUGAUGAAGAGAGCCCCCUGAGUGUGUCUAGCCCAGAGGGUACUGGUACCUGGCUGCAUUAUACCAGUGGUGUGGGUACUGGGCGUCGAAGACGCAGAUCAGGGGAACAAAUCACUUCUUCCCCUGUCUCCCCCAAAUCAUUGGCUUUCACAUCCAGUAUUUUUGGCUCAUGGCAACAGGUUGUAUCUGAAAAUGCUAAUUACCUGCGAACACCGAGAACUCUUGUGGAACAGAAACAGAAUCCUACUGUAGGGUCUCACUGUGCGGGCCUGUUUAGCACCUCGGUGCUCGGGGGUUCUUCAAGCGCACCUAACCUACAGGAUUAUGCUCGUACUCAUCGUAAAAAGCUGACCUCUUCUGGCUGCAUAGAUGACGCCACACGCGGUUCUGCUGUUAAAAGGUUUUCUAUCUCAUUUGCUCGACACCCAACCAAUGAACACCUACACCUCUAUAGGUGCUGGUCCGUUUCCUCUGUGGAAUUUCUAGGCUCCAGUGGCUUUGAAUUGUAUUCCAUGGUGCCAUCUAUUUGUCCUCUAGAAACUCUUCAUAAUGCCCUAUCUUUAAAGCAAGUGGAUGAAUUUCUUGCUUCCAUUGCUUCUCCAUCAUCUGAUGUUCCACGGAAGACCCCUGAAAUUUCCUCUACAGCUUUGCGUUCCAGUCCAAUAAUGAGAAAAAAAGUAUCUUUAAAUACGUAUACACCUGCAAAGAUCCUCCCAACACCACCAGCUACCUUAAAGAGUACUAAAGCAAGCAGCAAACCAGCUGCAAGUGGACCUUCUAGUGCAGUUGUUCCUAAUACCUCAUCUCGGAAAAAGAGUAUAACUAGCAAAACAGAAACGCAUGAACACAAAAAAAACACUGGGAAAAAGAAAUGAAAUCUUAGCAGAAGCUGGAACUUUUUAUACUUAUAAAAAUAGUAUGUUCUUAUGUUUCUCCUUAUGCAUUUAUGUGUUCACUUAAAAAUGUUUUUAAAUCUAAGGGUUUCUUUGUUUAUAUUCAGGUAAGGAACUUUUGUCAUGAUCUGGAAAUGUUUAAAACAAUGUUUGUAGGCAUUCUGUGAGUAGCAAAACUUAUAGUGAUAAAAAUUGAUUGUUGUUAAUAUGAUGUUUACCAUGUGCACAUAGUAAUGAAAAGGAACAUAAAAGCCCAGCAGGCUCGUACCAAAGUCACACCAGUAAUGCUAUGUACUGCAGAGUCUGAUUAGAUGGCCUUUGUGCACACUUUUAUAUUCAUGGGAUUGCAUCUUAGCUGUAAAAACUUCUAGGUUGAAAUUUGAUAGCCAGGGUUACAUACUGGGGACUUUUAAAGUAUCUUUCCAGAGAGAUUUCAUUAACCGUUUAGAUUAGAAUAUCUUUCCCAAUUGUUACAGUGACAUAUAUGCUGCAAUAUUUAACAACUGGAAUAUUAGCCACAUGGGCUAAUUUUCAAUCUGUGUUUUGAAUUUUUUUUAUUAUAUGUUAUUUAAAAUAUUACAUAUGCAGCUGGGAGAACUACACCUUUGUGCACAUAGAUUUAUAUAUUAAUUUGUAGAAAAUAUUUUCUUUAUAUAUUUCCUUACCAUACAAGGUGCCUUGUUCAUCAGGAAAACUUUUGUUUCAUAUGUUGACAAGAAAGGCACCUUUAGAGUUUCUUUUUAAGUAUAGUUGACAAAUAUAUAAAUGUUACAUUUAUUUUCAGAGUUCUUUUUAGAUCUAAAGAAGUCAGUUCAAAAAUGGAAAUCAACAAUGUUAGGAGAAAUCUGAAUUCUGUUAAGUUAGUACAUAUUAUGUAUAGCAUCUGUUUUUAACCAUUUCCAUUCUUAUCCCUAGUGUAUCAGUUGAUCACACUAAGAAAGCUUAAAGAUUGAGCAUUUGAAAUAAAUGCUGUUUAUAAAUGAUUAGAUUUUUGAAGGGAUAUUGAAAUCAUUGUGCUGUGAUUUCAUCUAUGAUAUGAAAAAUAAAUUUAUUAUCCUUGGUGCUUUUCCCCCCAACCAAUGCACAAAUAAUUGUGAACCACUUGAAAUGACUUAAACUGGUAAUCCAAAUGGGAUAAUCUGAUAAGAAUUUCAUGCAUUGCUAGUUAAAUAACUUAAAUUGCUAAAGCUUUAGCUUGAAACUUACGUUUAGAAAAACUAUAGAUUUCCCAUGGUAUGAAUAUAACUAUCGUAAUUCUUCAAAAGAGAUUCUUCUCACUUUAGUCAUAUAUGAAUUAACUUAUAGGAAAUAAGCAUACUAUAUGUUAGCUGUUUUAAAAGGUACCAGAUGUAAGAGUUAUAAAUAUAUACAAUUAAAGAAGUUCAUGUACUUCACAUGAAUGUAAAUGUGUUAUAUGGAGACAUGUCUUGUAAACAGUUGAAUAUAUGUAAGUUUUCUGUUUGUGAAAAUGUAGUUAAUGUACUCACUGUGGAGGUAAUAAGGAAACGACUUUUUUUUUAAAGUGGAACCUAAUUAAAAUAUUUCCAGAAUCAAAGAGA